AUGAAUAUUUUGUAUAAUUCCAAAAUAAUAUUAAAAAAUAAUAUAGGGAUAAAAUCCAAGGUGCAUCGAAAUCAAUGUGUUUUUAUAAAAUCUCAACAUAUAAAUUUUUCAAUAUUAAAUGAAAAGCAUAAUGAUACUAAAAAUAACGAAGCGCCAAAAAAUGUAAAUACAGGCUUUAUUGAGUUAUAUCAUAAAUUGGUGGAAACAAAAAAAAUAGAAAAGGAUCCCUUCCAAUAUAAGCUUAUAUUAGUCUUACAAGCCUUUGAAAACAACCUAAACAACUACUACCAGCAUGUUGAGAGCAAACUGAAAAAUGAGGAAGCAGAGAAGAAAACCUUUUUUAGCUCUUUUUUUAAAGGUGGCAAGAAAAGAGACAAAGAUAAGGAUGAGGCAGCUGAAGAAAGCGAAGAGCUUGGAAAAUUGAAUAAUGAUGAUAACUUUUUCAUAUUUGAUGAUAAAAUAAAAAUAGGAAAGAAAGAGAAUAAACUAAGAUAUGAAUAUAUGGAUAGCGAAAAUGCUUACAAUAAUAAUAUGAAUAGGUACUUAAAUUUAGAGAAAGAAAAUGGAAUAAAAUAUAUAAGAGGUAUAUAUGUCUAUGGGAGUGUUGGUAGGGGUAAGACAUAUUUUUUAAAUUUAGUUUUUGAUAGAAUUAAAGUAAGUAAAUUAAAAAUACAUUAUCAUAAUUUUAUGCAACAAAUUCAUAAAGAUUUUCAUGAAGAAAACUUAAAUAAUUCAGAAGAACCUAUAAAAAAUAUAUCAAUAAAAAUGAGUAGAAAAUAUAAAUUAAUAUUUAUCGAUGAAUUUCAAAUAGUACAUAUAUCUGAUGCUAUGCUUAUUAAAUCAUUGUUUAAACAUUUAUUUUAUCAAGGGACAAUUUUAAUUUGUUCAUCAAAUCGAAAUCCUUUACACCUUUAUCAUAAUGGAUUAAAUAGAGAAAGAUUUAUUGCUUUUAUAAAAUUAUUAUUUAAAUUUAAUUAUAUAUAUGAAAUUGAUAAUUAUCAUGAUUUUCGAUUAAGAAAUAGUAAUUCAAAUGAUAGUAUUUAUAAUAUUCCGUCUAAAAAAGUUGAAGAAAUAAAAAAAUUAUGUAUUAAUAAAUAUAUGGAUACAUAUAAAAAAAAUAUAGACUAUAUUAAAAAUAUAGAAAAAAUUAAUCAUAAAAUUUUUGUAUCAGAUUAUAAAAAAUAUAUUGUCCCAUAUAAUAUAAAUAAUUAUGGAAUAUUUUCAUUUAAAGACUUAUGUUGCCAAAAUUCAAGUAUAGACGAAUUUAAUGCUAUAUCAAAACAAAAUAAUACUAUAUAUAUUUAUGAUAUUCAAAAAAUGACUGAAGAAAUUAAUGGAAAUGAAAUGAGACGUUUUAUACUUUUAAUAGACAUAUUAUAUGAAAAAAAUACAAGAGUUUUUUUUUUUAGUGAUAUACCUAUUUUUCAAAUUUUUCAAACAAAUUCAAUUAUUUCUGAUUUUCAAAAUUUAAUUGAAAAAAUGAAACAAAAGUUUAACAAUUUUAAUCAUUUUAAAAACCAUUUUGAUGAGCAAUUAAAAUCGGGCACUUUUAAUCGACCCAUUUUUAACAACAUUAUUCAAUCUUUUGGAAUAUCUCAAGAAAUUUGUGACAAGCUUUUUGAUGCAAUCAACUACAAUAUUAAUAAGGAAUAUAUACCUAUAGAAUACCUAAGAAAUAUUUUAUGUUUCCAUAUUAUAAAUUAUGAAACUAAUAUAAAAGAGAGCCUAAAUUAUUUAGAUAAUUCCGGUGUCGAAUUGAAGCCAAUUCCAUACCUAUUGUUUGACGAAAAUGAUAUAGACACAUCCCAAGAAAAUUCAUUUGCUUCAAUGAGGACCUUGUCUAGAAUAAAGCAUAUGUGUACAAUGGAAUAUUUGGAAAAGCAUAAAAAAUUGUAUGAAAAUGAUAUAUAA